ACUCUCACAUAGUAACAUGGUGAAUAUAACUAUUUUGAACAGUAAUGUAACACAAGUACUCCCUGAUGAUAUUGUUGGAAGAUGUCUUAAAGUUGACGGUAAACUGGUUUGUAACCUCAAAGCACUGAUGAAGGAUGAUAAAAGUUCUGUCAAGCUUGAGAUAGAUUCACCCACAGGGUUUAUACCUGAACCCCAGCUGGAUAUUAGGGUCAGCGCUUCCUCCGCAUGCAGUAAAAAGGUGUUCUCUGAAAAUCUUAGAAUUGAUAUUAAACAAAUUUGGGAUAUUUCAGCGACCCCUACGAGCGCUGAUAAGACCUUGAUAUGGAGAGAAAACACACCAGACCGGAAUAAAGAGGAGUUACAGAUUGUUAAACAUGAAUUUCAGAUAAUUAACAGUGGUCCAAGUAUGAAUUCAGAGUCUGAGAUUCUUGUUUUUCUACCGUCAGAUCACCCCCUUACCAAUGAAGCAUCUGUAGUACUUGGUGGGAAUCCAUGUACGGAAGAAGGAGAUCUGGAAUUUAGAAGGAUUCCACCACAACCUUCGGCACUUCCUCAUCAAAAUGUUGAAAAUGUAUUCUGCAGUAUACGAGCUAUGUGUAGAGUUAUCAGCUGUAAACUAGCUCCUCUCUACCCUUCAACUAUAUAUAUUGUAUUUAGUGUAUUCUGCAGUAUACGAGCUAUGUGUAGAGUUAUCAGCUGUAAACUAGCUCCUCUCUACCCUUCAACUAGCAACAGUAUUAUGUUAUCUGUUAGCUACAACUUUUCUAUCGGUGGUGCGGAAAAUUCCUCCCAUUCAGUUUUCCAGCUGGUCACAGGGGUCAUCACAGUAGAUUACAGAAACCAAGAAAGGAAAGCUGUUUCAUCAACUACGUUUAAAUUUUCAGCAACUACGUUUUUGGAAGAGGUUUUAAACUACUAUGAACUCAUUAUGGCCUUGGUUGCCUGUAUUGUCCUCAUAGUUCUUAUCAACUUCGUUUUCAAGUACUUUGAUGUCUUCAAUAAAGUUAGAAUCUACAAGAAUAAACAUCCUGAUGAAGGUCUUGAACUAAUGGAUAAUAACGAAGAAAUCAUCAAGGAUGAAGUCGAUACAGCUGGAGUCUUGUUGAGAAAUUAAAUAAAGAAAUGUAAAAGAUAUAAAGUUGAAAGUUUUAUUUUUAUGCUCUUGACUUGCUCAAAACGGGUUCGUCUUUUUAAGAAUAAAAUUUGAUAUCUUAAAUAAAUAUAUCCUAGA